AUUUCCUUCUUUCUUUUGUUGUCUUCGUUUUGAUUCUCUCACGCCGUAGCAUAUAUAUAUAUAUAUAUAAUAGCAAUUGCACUUUGCUUGUUUUUAAGAAUUCUAUUCUAUUGUACUUAAAGGGCUAUCUUUGUUUUGUAGUUGUGUUAAUGUGCAUGGAACUCCAACUGGGACUCGCUCUUCCAGGUUCCGACACUUGGAGCCGGCCUUUGCUAAAACUGGGUCUAUAUGAAGACAUUAAUGUUAACAGAAAAAAACGUGGCUUUGAUCAUGGAUAUCUCGAAGACGAGUUUUCCGCUGCCAGUUUCAAGAACUAUGAAAAGGGUCUAGUGGGGUGGCCGCCGGUGGAAACCUGGAGGAGGAAGAAGCUACGCUGCCAAGUUCACAACCACAUGACAGCGGCGGAGAAUGGGUACUGCGGGGGUAGGGCUUCAAAGUCCACGUACGUGAAGGUAAAGAUGGAAGGCGUUGUAAUUGCCAGGAAAAUUGACAUCAGCAUCCAUCAAUCCUUUGAAACGCUUACAACCACACUCAUGACAAUGUUUGAUAUCUUUGAUGAGAACCGGAGGAGCUUUAAACUGACUUAUCAGGACAAAGAAGGUGACUGGUUGAUUGCUGAAGAUGUUCCCUGGAGGACCUUCGUUCGUUCAUUAAAAUGCCUGAAAUUAAUUAGAAGCAGAGGGUAGCAAUUGGGUUCCACGUCAAAUUAUCAAAAAUCAUCCGCCAUGUUUCUGCUUCCUUAAUUUUGGAUCCUAAAAGAAUCCUCGAGGCCUUUUUUUUUUCCCGGACUUUUGAAAGACCGUAUGUAUAUAUAGUAAUUUAACACUUUGUUACAGAUAAUGUACAGUAAUACUAGUCAAAUAAGAAUGAUGUCUAUUUUAUU